AGUGAUUAGGUUUUGGAGAUCAGGUUUUAAACUGGAAAAAAGAGAACCAGAGGAGGAAGGAGACAGUGAAGCAGUGAACGACUUUACAGCGGUGCAGUCUUAAGAAAUGACCGACACCAUGCAGAAGAGCUACAGAAAGAUUCACCAGAUAGAAGGACUGAGUGUUUUGGUUUUCUGUCUUCUCCUAACACACUCCUGUAGAGUUCAGUCUCUGUUAAUUGGUCCCAUUCAGUCAGUACUGGCAGCAGUUGGUGAAAAUGUCAUUUUACCAUGUCACCUGGAACCUGCAGAGGAUGUUACUGCCAGGACAUUGGAGUGGACGAGAUCUGACCUUGACCCGAGACUAGUCCAUGUGUGGCGUGAUGGCCAGGACCUUGUAAAGGCAAGAAAUCCUUUUUACAGAGGAAGAACAUCUUUGUUUACUGAUGAACUGAAGCGAGGAAACAUUUCACUCAAACUCUCCAAUGUACAACCCUCCGACCAGGGAACAUAUAAAUGUGACAUUCCACUACUGAAUAAACACUCUUCUGUUAAGCUUGUUGUUGUGUCAGGUGUUGUUCUCUCCUCCCCGGUCAUCAGUUUAGCGGGGAUUGAUGAAGCCACCAGAGGAGUGGUUCUACAGUGUGAGUCUGAAGGCUGCUAUCCAGAGCCUGAGGUGUUGUGGCUGGACGGUGAGGGAAACCUCCUCCCUGCUGGACCUCCAGAGACAGUCAGAGGUCCUGAUGAUCUCUAUACUGUCAGCAGCAGAGUGACUGUGGAGAAGAGACACAGCAACAGCUUCACCUGUAGAGUCCAGCAGAAGAACACCUACCAGACCAGAGAGUCACACAUUUAUGUUUCAGAGGAUUUCUUCGUGUCUCCAUCUAGCUGUAGUGCAUCUGUUGCCAUGAGCGUGUUGUUUGGCCUCAUGUUUGUUCUCACAGUUGUCCUUUUUGUCUGGAAAUGGAGACGGAACAAAAUCGAGAUCAAGAAGCAACUCAAGAAUAAAAACAAAGAGGCAGAGAAGACCACAGAGCAGCAGGGUUUGAUGGAAGCAGAAGAGAGAAGAGAGCAGCUCAUGAUAGAAAACAAGAAAAUAAAAAAGGAGUUACAGAAGAAAGAUAAAGACAUGACAAAGGUUAUUGAUACAUUGACUGAACUGGGACAGGAACUGAAGAAGCAGAAAGAACAACUCAGUGACCAACAGGAGAAGGUAGUGAAACAGGUGAAGGAGAAUGAAGAUAAGUUUAAUUCAGUGGAGAAAGAAGUAUCAGAGAAGGAGGGAGAUAAAACAGCUAACAAAGCUCAGGGAUACUUAAAACUCAAAGACAUCAUAACACAGAACAGCUGGAACCUGGAGGAGAGAAAGCAAGAACUUCAACAACUGGGAAUGAACACAGAUAAACUAAUGAAGAGGACAUAUAAUCACAUUAAUAGAAUUAUAGAGAACCUAAAGGAAUGACCACAUACAAAACCACAUGGAGAAAAUAAAGAAACAACUGGACAAGGCAGAGGAUAUUUAGAAACUUGACUCCGAGAGAAGAGGGAGUGGUUUACUCAAUUUUCAUUAUUAAAUACCGGUAGGCUAUAAACCGAUAUUUUUACAUAAAUCAUAUAUCAUCACAUGACAUUGUGAAAUGUGUCACAUGGUGAUGAAGCUACAGAGGAUUAAAACAAACAAAGGCAGCCAUUUGAAAACCAGCUUUAGAUGAUUUAAAUGUUGGAUGGCCUAGUUAGGAACUGUACUUUAGUUAUCAAGAUAAGGAACAUUUUGUGCAGUUAGUAUGUGACAUACUGUAUCUGUGGAUGUUUUUUCAUUUGCAUGUUUUUUUUUCUUCU